AUUAAAUAGUCAUUGUAUGAUCUUGUUAAAUUUGAAUAUUUAAUAAUAAUUCUAGACCAGACUAUUUUCAAAUUCAAUGUUGAUAUGUUAUAAGAAUUUGGUAUCUUAUGGCAACAUUUUGUAGCUUUAUAGUUUCCAUGACAAUAAUUUAAAUAAAAAUUCAUUGUAUUUUGAAGCAUAAAAAAGUGAUUUACACUGAUAUAAAAUAAUGAGUUUCUGUGUAGAUUUAGUAUCUGAAGAUUCCUUCUAUGAGAAUAUUACGCUGGGUUUAACAAAACAUUUGGAGUCCGAUCCGAGGAUAUCAAACGUCGUUGUUGAACGACGGGCACCAUGCGAUAGAGUAGCACUUUCCAAUUGGGAGCAAAAGCAUUCCGCCCUGCUACCUGAUGAUCUCCGAAACUUCUAUGCAUCUACCGAUGGCUUCCAGCUAACAUGGCAUUAUAAAUAUUCAGCCGAUGAAAUUUUACCAGUUGGAUCAAUUCGGAUUAACACUUUAAAUGACUUGUGCUUAUCGCCUGCGCUAAAGGAUCUUUUGGAUUUUUCAAUGACGCGCCAGAAUUCCGGACCGCGCCCAGUGUUGAAUACCAAAAGCAAAGUUUUCGAGAUUGACAACUGCCGGAAUAUUGGAAAGGUAUGCCUGAUAUACACCGGUGGAUCCUGGUCGGUGUGGCUCGCGACAAGGGAGGGCGCAUGGGGCUGGCUCGCGGACUCCUUCACUUAUUACUUUAGGAUGGCUCUAGUCCACCUCGGCUUGCCAGGCUGGCAGGCUGCUUUUGCCAAUCUACCCCUUAUACCAUGGGCUGAGCAACUGUUUCUUCUAUUGGCACCACAUCUCUUGGAUAAAACUGAGCCUGAAAAUAACCUGAUCUGCGUCAGUAGCGAGACUGGAUUGAACCACAUCGAUCCUAAUAUUUUCAAAACAUCCGUGCGUCAGCACAAAAAUACUUCGCGACCCACAAAUUAAGUUAUUUGUUAUAAUAUAUUCUUUUACAUGGAUUGGAAUGAUCAAUAAAAAUGUCUCGACCAUUUUAAAUUAAAUUAGCGUUUAAUUUUGCAAAUUAAAUAAAGGGAGUGGACAGCGCGCAAAAAUAAAAUUAAGCAAUGGUACAUAAUGUAUAUUGAAUAUCAUUGAUACAAUAAAAUUUACAGCUAAAUAACAAAAAAAAAUGGACGGAAUGUAAAUUUCUUACUGAAAUUCAAGCCAACAUUAAGUCAAGCUGUGAUUUAUAUGAAUAACUCUGGUAAAAAAUACUUAGUAUUACUUAAUAUCUAGCUACGACUUAUAUUACGGUUUAGAGCAGCGAAAAUGUAAAAAAAUCUUGUUUUAUUUUUUGCUGCAAUAAAAAUAUGCUAAAUACUUUUUAGUGAUGUGUCUUUGUAAUGCAAAUUCUUAGUUCUAAGUGGCAACAUUUUUAUAAGCUUAAAUCGUUAAUAUAAUCGGAACUUACAAGAGCUAAACUUAAAGAUAAUAUAAUUAUAGCAGCUCAUAUUAUUAAAAAAUUAUACUAUUUGUGUCGUUAUGUUGUAUACCUAAAUGCACACAAUUAUUUUAAUCUUAAAAUAAAUUUCUUCAUAAUGUAUGUAUUUAUAUU